AUGAAUCUAAUAGAUGACGAACGGAUUCGAUGUAAUGAAUGUUUAAAAAAAUUAUAUCAAACAAAACUAAUGUGUAUACAAUCAAUUCAAUAUCUUAUUGAACAACAACGUGAAAUCGAUGAAUGUAUUGCUGAUCUAAAAUUAACUAAACUACAUGCACAAGCAAUAAAUGAAAAAAUCUCAGCUUUAAAUCAUAUAUAUUGGUUUCAAAUAUGCUGUUUUAAUAAAAAAAGACAUUUAUUAGAAACAAAUUCAAAUGAUCCAAAUCAUUUAUUUAUAUUACCAUUUUCAAAUGAACAAUCAAAUAUAAACCAAUAUGCAUAUGGUUUAAGUGAAUUAGAAAAAGACUUUGAUUUUGAAAAAUUAUUAAAUUCAAUAGAUAAUUCUUAUCCGCAAUAUUUAACAAAAAGUGAUUUCGAACAUAUUUUACAUGAAGAAUAUACAACACUUUUUGAACUUGCAAAGAAAUUAACUAAAUGUGUACAAAUUCUUCAUGAUACAAUUGAAUUUCUUGGCACAGAUAUUAAAUUAACAUUAGAACAUAUGCAACUAGCUCAACCACGUAUGCGACAGUUAUUGAAAAUCAAAGCACCUUUAGCUUUUGCACAAGUACAAGAAGAUUUUAUGGUGUGA